AUGGCAGUAACCACGGGUCGAGAGGUCAAUUGCCCGGUUUCAAUUCCAAUCAGCCGAAAAAGAGGCAAACGUGACGCACCGCGCGAACCCUCCCGUAACAACGGUUCAAUAUUCGCCAUGGGUCCCCCCAAGCCUCCUGUGCCUCAUGUGGCCCCGAUAUACCGCUUAACUGCCACAGCUCUUGGGGCUGGCAUGUGGUUUUGGCUGAUGUACAGAGCGAAGAAAGACGGUCCGGUUUUGAUGGGCUGGAAGCACCCCUGGGAUCACUAA